AUGUUCAGCUGGCUGAAGCGCGGCGGGGCGCGGGGGCAGCGGCCCGAGGCCAUCUGCACGGUGACCUCGGCGCUGAAGGAGCUGUACCGCACCAAGCUGCUGCCGCUGGAGCAGCACUACCGCUUCGGCGACUUCCACUCGCCGGCCCUGGAGGACGCCGACUUCGACAGCAAGCCCAUGGUGCUGGUGGCCGGCCAGUACAGCACGGGCAAGACCAGCUUCAUCCAGUACCUGCUGGAGCAGGAGGUGCCCGGCUCGCGCGUGGGGCCCGAGCCCACCACCGACUGCUUCGUGGCCGUCAUGCACGGCGACACCGAGGGCAUUGUGCCCGGCAACGCCCUCAUCGUGGACCCUGAGAAGCCCUUCCGCAAGCUCAACCCCUUCGGGAACACCUUCCUCAACAGGUUCAUGUGCGCCCACCUCCCCAACCAGGUCCUGGAGAGCAUCAGCAUCAUCGACACCCCGGGCAUCCUGUCGGGUGCCAAGCAGAGGGUGAGCCGCGGCUAUGACUUCCCCGCGGUGCUGCGCUGGUUCGCGGAGCGCGUGGACCUCAUCAUCCUGCUGUUCGACGCGCACAAGCUGGAGAUCUCGGACGAGUUCUCCGAGGCCAUCGGCGCGCUGCGCGGCCACGAGGACAAGAUCCGGGUGGUGCUCAACAAGGCGGACAUGGUGGAGACGCAGCAGCUGAUGCGCGUGUACGGCGCGCUCAUGUGGGCGCUGGGCAAGGUGGUGGGCACGCCCGAGGUGCUGCGCGUCUACAUCGGCUCCUUCUGGGCGCAGCCGCUGCUCGUGCCCGACAACCGGCGCCUGUUCGAGCUGGAGGAGCAGGACCUGUUCCGCGACAUCCAGGGCCUGCCGCGCCACGCCGCGCUGCGCAAGCUCAACGACAUGGUGAAGCGGGCGAGGCUGGUGCGGGUGCACGCCUACAUCAUCAGCUACCUGAAGAAGGAGAUGCCCUCCGUGUUCGGCAAGGACAACAAGAAGAAGCAGCUCAUCCUCAAGCUGCCCGUCAUCUUCGCCAAGAUCCAGCUGGAGCACCACAUCUCUCCGGGCGACUUCCCCGACUGCCAGAAGAUGCAGGAGCUGCUGAUGGCUCACGACUUCACCAAGUUCCACUCCCUGAAGCCGAAGCUGCUGGAGACGCUGGACGAGCUGCUGACGCACGACAUCGCCAAGCUGAUGCCGCUGCUGCGGCAGGAGGAGCUGGAGAGCACGGAGGUGGGCGUGCAGGGCGGCGCCUUCGAGGGCACCCACAUGGGCCCGUUCGUGGAGCGCGGGCCCGACGAGGCGCUGGAGGACGGCGAGGAGGGCUCGGACGACGAGGCCGAGUGGGUGGUGACCAAGGACAAGUCCAAGUACGACGAGAUCUUCUACAACCUGGCGCCGGCCGACGGCAAGCUGAGCGGCUCCAAGGCCAAGACCUGGAUGGUGGGCACCAAGCUCCCCAACUCGGUGCUCGGCCGCAUCUGGAAGCUGAGCGACGUCGACCGGGACGGCAUGCUGGACGACGAGGAGUUCGCCCUGGCCAGCCACCUCAUCGAGGCCAAGCUCGAGGGCCACGGGCUGCCCGCCAACCUGCCCCGGCGCCUCGUGCCGCCCUCCAAGCGGCGCCACAAGGGCUCCGCCGAGUGA